AUGCUGCGGCGGCUGCUUGGCCCUGCAGGAUGCUGCUUGCAUGUAGCCUGGGCAGCGGCUGCAGUACAGUGCAGCGAGCUGGCCGAAGAGGAUGCCUGCUCCGCGAUGCAAACGCGGAGGGGCGAACCGGAGAGGCACCCUCGAGUGGAAACAACAGCCAUCAAGGCAGAAGCCCUGGAUAGGCUAGUUGAAAGACACGACCAUGCAAGCAACGCCUUCGGGGUGAAGGCAGGCCGAACUGGGGUUCUGCAUAAAGUACAGGUCGUUGAGGCAUGGAUUGAAAGCAGACCGCCAGAGGUCAAAACGCUUAUCAAAGCAGUGUUUGUUUCCUGGGUGGUUGCCGGGAUCUGUGGCCUUGUUGGGAUGUCUUGGGGGAUUGUGAGAUGGCAGCCACCGAGCAAAUACAUCUCUUGGCAAGUCCUGAACGAGGGAGGGGCUGGUGGGGGUCUUUGCGCCAUUCCGGCCACCAUCUUGCUGGCUAUUUUGAGCAUCCCCUCGCGGGUGAUGUGCUUGAGCCUGGAGGUUCGGAGGACACUCUGUGGUAUCUUGAUUUUCUACGGGGUCAUCUUCGCCAUCAUGUGGAAUGCAGGGCUGAUUCAACCUGUCCUGAAUCAGAUUGCCUCCUACGUCUACAUCUUGGCCUUUGCGGGUUCUCUGAUUGUUGUGGUUCUGUUGGAACUGGUGGAACAUGCACGCUACCAUUUCAGUGGCCCUUUCAUGGCAUUGCAGAGGGCAUACUCUUACGGAGACAGGGGCCAAGCAACCUUCAAGCGGAUGCGCAGCGUGCCAUACUGCAACCUGAUCGAUGCAACAGCAGUUUACUCACUUGGAAACGUGGCCUGGCUGCAUGCUGCUGCGCCGUGGAGUGGGAUCAUAGGAAACUCGGGAUUAUCCCGACGCCUACAGAGGACGACACAGCCACCGCUGCCACCGUGCAUCAUGAAGCAGGAGCAAGUCGAAGUGCCAACGCCCAGGCAGAUUCUGGAGGCCUGGAUGAGGAGAGAUGCCCAGAGCGCCGCAGGGCUCAAGCAGAAGCAGCCCUCGCAGCAGAUGACAUGCGACCCGCAGGCAGACACAGUGGCUUGUGGACGUUCGAAGACCUGCUCGCAUGCACGUGCCAUGCAAGCAGCCGGGCUUUCUGAGACCCUGGAGGGCACGGCGGUGCUCUUCAAUGAGAACCUGCCUCACUUGGCAUCGACACUGGAAUCUAGCUUGCUGGAGCAUAUUGCAGUCGGCACGCACGGCCAGGUUUGCUGGUCGGACGGCUCUAUCGGCUCAGAUGAGCUGCGUGCUGCGCACGCAGAGGUGACCGCAGCGCUGGAAGAAGCCAGGUGGGACAUCGAAGCACAGCGAGUGCUGGAGGUCCCAAGGCUGCGGGAGAUCUAUCAGAACUACGCGCUCCACGUGGUGUCUUGCCCCCAAGCGGUGCUGCAAGCGACCCUCGCAAAGCUCGAAGGUCUGCUUCAGCAUCUCCGACAGAUUUGCAACACCACGGAGCUGGUCCGGCACUGCCAGCUGAACACGCCCUUCAUGUUUGACGUGUUUAUUUACUACUUGCUACUGAAGUAUGGACUUGUUGAUGCCUACAACCUGGGAAAUGUCACCAGCCAGGAGGUCUUCCGCGGAUGGCCGAUCGAGGAGGGGCUUCGGGUGCACUUCACAAGGCUUUUGCUGGCUCUGGAAUCUGUAGACGUAGGCUUUCCUGUGACAGAUCAAUGUGCUUGUGUAGAAGCUUAUGACUACUACACAACGUUACACGCCCUUUUCGACGGCUCCUUGCACAUAGGCCGUGGGGAUCUUCAUGAGCGGAUGUUGCGGCCCUCCAGUGAGGCACGGCGGAUCAUCGAGGCCGCUUCAUACUGCGAGGAGUGGAUGGAAAAGGACUUCCAGCGGAUCUUCUCUAGCUACGCCAAAUUCUCGGCUUGCUUGCCAGGUGCGCUGAUGGAAAACAUCAUUUGCCUUCAAAGAUGGCUGUUGGCUGGCAAGGUGGUCGGCAGCCUCAACACCGCUGAGAUGAUGGCCAUUUCCACUGCAGUUUGGGGAGUGUUGAGGACCGCAGUUCAUGACUGGCAUAGAGUCAGAGCCGAGUCAUUGAGAGCCCAUAUCGGUCUUGACUGCACGAAACAAUUCCUCGAAACACUUCUUACGUGUAGCUCGGUUGGUCCGUCGGAGGUCAAUAUACACACCAUAUGUCCCAAACAUUCGGAAUCAAAGGUUGCCAAGUCUGUAUACCGUUCUGCAGCCUCAAUACGGCCAGUAGUCUAG